AGCGUAUUAUGCAUGCUGGCGCAUAAAGCCCAAGAGAGACAACAUGAAAUGCCUUAUUGCACCUUCCAUCCUUGUGAGCAUCUUUCUAGUUCCCUCUCUGGCCCUGAUGAACAUCAGUGACAGUCAUCCUCUGGAUGGCUCUGUGGGGACCCAGACUAUCCAUGUCGAUGCCCUCCGAUGUAUGGUCAGCAUCCAAGACACCAACGUUUUGAGUGAAUGGAAUGGAAUCGUGAACUACAAGAAUGCCCUCCUGGCAGUUAAACUGUUUAGUAAGAUGGCCUGUGUCCUGGCCAAGAUGGACCUAGCAGUCUUCCCAAGUUUGGAUGAUAUUACCCAGGCCCUGGGCCAACAGGCUUCCGGUCACUACCCACCCACCCGCGGACUGACCUACACGGUUUUACCCAGUCGAGUCAAAAACUUGGCCCAAUACGGAGUGCCUGUCAAGGACCUGUGCAGAGCGGUUCCCACUUACUUUGCCCAACAGCAAAAAGAAGGUACUGCCCUGGCGAUGGACCCAGACUCCUGUUCUGAACUCCAGUUUAUGUCCUUCAUGGGGCUGUCCAUCUGUGGUGAGAUUCCUGGGCUCUGAACCUCUACAUCAGCCAUGUGAAGACCGGAUAUGCCUGCUCCAGCCUCUGCCUGUGGAAAGCAGCUCUUUC